GUGUGUCUCUUGUCUCAUCAGGAUGGUGGCUUCCUACCUGGUGCAUCAUAGCUAUUGCGCCACGGCCGAAGCCUUCGCCAAAUCCACAGACCAGGCCGUGCACGAGGAGCUGGCCUCCAUCAAAAACAGACAGAAGAUCCAGAAGCUGGUGUUGUCGGGCAGAAUGGGCGAGGCCAUCGAGACCACCCAGCAGCUGUACCCCAACCUCCUGGAGAGGAACCCUGACCUCCUCUUCAUGCUCAAGGUGAGACAGUUCAUAGAGAUGGUGAACGGCACGGACAGUGAGGUGAGGUGUCUGGGCGGUCGAAGCCCCAAGUCUCAGGACAGUUACCCCGGCUCCCCCCGGCCCUUCAGCAGCCCCAGCCACAAAGCCAGCAGCUCCCAGCCCUACCUCCCAGGGUUCGACAGCAACUGCUGUAACGGCGUGACAUCUAAUAAGAGCCACAGCUCCUCCCCUCACAGUCACAAGCCCUGCCCCCCGAGCUCUGGCUCCACCCUCCCAGCGUCGGACAUCAGCCUCAACGGGAGCCGCAGCCAGCAGCCCAUCACCAGUAGCGAUGUGGAUAUGGAGGUCGACCACUUCACCAACGGAGUGACAGAAUCAUCCUCCAAUGGUUUCCUCAACGGCAGCUCCAAACACGCCACCGAGCCGGAAGACUGUGACGCGGACAUGGAGGUGGAGUCGGCUCAGUCCAAAAGGCAGCUGUGCGGCGGGAGCCAGGCAGCCAUCGAGAGAAUGAUCCAUUUCGGCAGGGAGCUCCAGAGCAUGAGCGAACACCUCCGCCGCGAGUGUGGCAAGAACUCCGCCAACAAGAAGAUGCUCAAGGAUGCGUUCAGCCUGCUGGCCUACUCAGACCCCUGGAACAGCCCGGUCGGCUACCAGCUGGACGCCAUUCAGAGAGAGCCUGUCUGCUCCACUCUCAAUAGUGCAAUAUUAGAGACUCACAACCUGCCCAAGCAGCCGCCGCUGGCUCAGGCCGUUGGUCAGGCCGCCCAGUGCCUCGCCAUCAUGGCACGAACUGGCAGCGGCUCCUGCGCCUUCGCCUCUGUGGACGAUUACCUGCACUAGCCCUGUGUACACACACACACACACACACACACACACACACACACA